GAAACGAUGUUGCAAUGUAUGGCAAUUUUCAACAAAUAAACGUUUUUGUUUACACCAAAAAGACAUGUGAGCGAGUGAAACAUUUUUUAAAUGUCGAUAAUUAUGACGUUUAUUACAUCACAAUACGAAAACCACUCUGGGGGAAAAUCGAAACACAGUUAGUUAAGUCAUGAUAAAAAAACUAAAGCAAACAUUUGUUGUUAUUACGUCACGAGGCGGGGACUAUUGUCUUAAGAAGAAUUUGGAAACGACAGUGAACGCCACUAACAGUGAGUUUUCAUUUCAAUCGUGACCCAAUUUGAAUUUUAAGAUAUUUUUGUAUUUUUUUUACUCUAGAAUCCCCGACUAUUCUUUAAGAUGAGAUGGUCAAGUCACGUGUUCAAACAGGUUUCCCUACAACACGUAAGGGGGUUCCUCUACAUUAGUUCAAUAUGUAGAAACUGCGCCGGGAAAAUGAGUUUCCAAAUCCUUAAUGGAAAAUCUCCAGCGGAACUUUAACCUUAUAUAAGCCCAAGAAGAAAAUAGUCUGGCAUACCCUGUACAAGAAGCACAGCAAACAGUUGCAGAAAGAAAUAAGAGGAAUUUCAGAGAAAUCAAGUUAAAUAAACCUGCUCCAAGAAAUCUACAUAAACCCAGAUAUUGAAUUUCUGCUCAUUUCAAAGCCAAUCAAAAUGAAGACUUUAUUUUUUGGAGUUGUCUUCAUUUUACUCAUUGUGAUUGGAACCUGCAACGCUGGUAGCCGAAAAAGAAAAUAUAUUAAGCGAGCCAAAUUAGAUAAAAUUACAAAAAGGACCCUUUUCAAAGACUUUGACUGUGAAGUGGACAAGGUGGGUUUCAAGACGGGACAUACUCUUAAAUGGGAUAUAGUUAAUUUGAACUGCAACAAUGUGAACGAAGGUUCCAGAAUCAUGUCUGUGAUCUGCCCAAAACGAUGCGGAUGCCCGCCCAACAAGAAAAUUUGGAAAACGAAAAUGAUUUAUAGUCAACAACGUGUUACAGCUCGAGAUACGGGAAACGAAACGAUUAUUAGAAUACCAACUAGCUGCUACUGUUAAUAGUGGCGUUGCAUUUAGUUAUGCAAACCGCUUGAAUCCUUCCGUUUAAAUUACAUUUUAUUUAUUUA